AUGACGAAAAUGGCGGACAGCGGAUCGUCGGUGGAGAUUGUGGAGGGCUGUCGCCUGCCCGUUCUUCGUAAGAACCAGGAACACGAGGACGAGUGGCCAUUGGCAGAAAUUCUAAGUGUUAAAGAAGUGUCUGCGAGGAAGCUCUUCUAUGUUCACUACAUCGACUUCAACAAGCGUCUGGAUGAGUGGGUCACAGCAGACAGGCUGGACAUGAAGAAGCUUCAGUUUCCUAAGAAAGAAGCUAAAACUCCAACUAAGAAUGGUCUUCCAGGCUCCCGUCCCAGUUCUCCAGAAAGAGAAGUGAGGAAGAGUCUAGAUCUCAACGCUCAAUCUGCCACAGCCCCUUCCAGAGGCAAAACUCUUCCCACACCGCUGUCAAGUCAUGCCGAACUGCACGGAACUCCAGAGACAAACAACCAUGACACAAUAAAGGAAGAGGAUGAUCCACUCGUGCAGAUCAAAUCCGGAAGUGAUUUAAAACACAAUGUAUCCAAGUGUUUGUCUGGUGUACGCACUGGACUCGUAAAGCCAAAUGUCAGCUUCAGAUCUUUCAAGAAAAGGAAAGUCGAGCCUGUCCCCAUGGUGACUCAGGUACCCCCUGCCCCCCCGGUCCCCUCCCUGCCAAGCUCAGCUGAAGCCACUCAGGCAUCUGUUUUUCCUGCUGUGCGGGAGACCAACACCUUCAAGUCCCGCGAAGACCAUGACCAGCUCGCCUCGCUCACAACGAACGGCACUGCCCGACGGCUCAUCCCCCCUCCGUCCGGAAGGAAAAGGAAAGCUAAUUGUGGGGGAGCUGAUGAGAUGAUAAAGGUUUUGCAGUAUAACAACCCUCAAUGUGCCAGCGUCUUUCUACCGCCACCAGAGGAUUCCCAGGACAGUUCGGAUGGCAUCCCAUCUGCACCCCGCAUGACAGGGAGUCUGGUGUCUGACCGCAGCCACGAUGACAUUGUGACCCGGAUGAAAAACAUUGAGUGUAUAGAGCUAGGACGUCACCGACUGAAACCCUGGUACUUCUCACCAUACCCCCAGGAACUCACCGCCUUGCCCAUCCUCUACCUCUGUGAAUUCUGCCUCAAGUAUCUCAAAAGCCUCAAGUGUCUACAGAGGCAUUUGACAAAAUGUAACCUGAGACAUCCCCCGGGCAACGAGAUCUACCGCAAAGGCACCAUCUCAUUCUUUGAGAUUGACGGCAGGAAAAACAAAAUGUAUUCCCAGAAUCUGUGUUUACUGGCUAAAUGUUUCCUGGAUCACAAAACCUUGUAUUAUGACACGGACCCCUUCCUCUUCUAUGUAAUGACGGAGUAUGACUCCAAAGGCUUCCACAUAGUGGGAUACUUCUCUAAGGAAAAAGAGUCAACUGAAGAUUAUAACGUCGCCUGCAUCCUGACCUUGCCUCCCUACCAGCGGAGGGGCUAUGGCAAACUGCUUAUUGAAUUCAGUUAUGAGCUGUCCAAGGUCGAAGGGAAGACGGGAACACCAGAGAAGCCACUUUCUGACCUUGGUCUUUUGUCCUAUCGUUCCUACUGGUCACAGACCAUCUUGGAAAUUCUCAUGGACCUUAAACCCGACAAUGGGGAAAGGCCGCAGAUUACCAUCAAUGAGAUCAGUGAGAUCACGAGUGUAAAGAAAGAAGACGUCAUUUCCACACUUCAGUACCUCAACCUUAUCAACUACUACAAGGGACAGUACAUCCUGACUCUCUCAGAGGACAUAGUGGAGGGGCAUGAGAGAGCGAUGCAGAAGAGACACUUACGCAUUGAUCCAAAAUGUCUUCACUUCACACCUAAGGACUGGAGCAAGAGGGGCAAGUGGUAGAGCCCGCGCCUGGUUCACAGAAAACCAUCCCAGACUUUCAGAUUACAGACUUAAAACAAAUGAUGGAUCAGAUCAAGUUUUUUUUUUCUCCUCAUCAAGAACCUCAAUCAGACCCAGACAAUGAACAUAAACUGUGACUUGAGAAGCAGAUGCUUUUAUUGUGAAUAUUCAUUGUAUAUUGUGAGGAUAAAAUAAACUGUCAAACCCGCGGACAGCAGAGAGACGGUGACUGCACAAAAAAUAUAGUGUAAAUUAAUGGUUAAUAUGGCAAAACAUACAGACCACCUAAUGAAAAGGAGAUUUCCUUUUCAUGAAUGCACCAAGGACAGUUUUAUUUUCCUGUUUUGGACGUCACAAACCUGAACGUGUCUUUUUGACUACAUUCUUUGUAUCAGCAACAAAGUUGUGGAAGUAGAAUUAAAAAGUCAUCAGAAAUAUUUAUAUAUCUCAGAAAGUUUUCAAGAUUCCCUGUUUGACCUAAACCAGAAUAAUCCCUUUUUUUAUACCAGUCAUACUUAGAAAACUUAGUUCAUUAUGAUAACACUCAUUAAUCAAUGCCAUAACUCACAGUCCAAACCUUAGUCAUCACUUUCUACAUAGGUAUUUUUCUGGUGCGCAGACAUCAGAACCUCUUCCUGUGUACAAAGGUUUGAGUAGUAAUAAUAGUGAUUGAAAACAAUACCCACUGAUGAUAGGACUGGUUGUAUUUAUAUAUAUUUAUAUCAAUGACUCAGUGUGAUCAGUAUUGGGAUUGCGUUACAGGAAAGAAAGUACAAGGUCCAGACUCCACUUCUGUUUUCAGAGUAAAGUUCUGCCCAGUCAAGCUCCUCAUGGCACACAGUGCUCAUCUGUUUAUUGUAGUUCCCCUGGCGACGUUGCCUGAAGGGGAAUAGAAAUAUGCUGCUAAAGGCUUCUGGGUCAUUGUGUCAAAAUCAAAGGGGAUUAUUGCUAUACGUAUCUCUAUAUAUACAAAUAUAUAUUCAGAACUAUUUGGAAACAGACAAAUAUUUAAAACUAGACAUAAGAUCCAAUGUUUUAAUGUUGUUAAUCGUCAGUUCAUGUUUAUCUUUUACAAUAGAAGCUCUGCUUUUCAUUUCCAUGUAUUUUAAAUUGUUGGAAGCGUAUAUGAUUUUUGUUUGUGACCAUUCAGGUGAAUAGUUAGUUUUUCCUGUUCAUCCCCUGUUGCGAUCAUCUGUACUCAAUGUGCAAUGAGACAAAUCCAUAAGUUAAACAUGUUGCUUGUUACUGUACAUACUGAACCUCAUUAUUAAAAAACCUUUAGAAGACAGAAGCCAUGUUGAUCUGUUAGAGGAAUGUAAAUUUUGUGUACAGUUGUCUUUCUUUUUUACUUGAUGUAAUCUAACAGGCCUCACAAUAUUAACAGGACAAGACCUUAAAGUGAUAUCUUACUUUCAAGUUUGUGUUUUUAUGUUUACAUGUGAAAUAAUUUAGCAUAUCUUUAUGUGAAACACAGUUGGGAAUAUGAUUUGAACCUUUGAUUUGAAAAGCUUGUUGAAUUGAUAAAAAAAACAUUGUAAAAA